CAUGACCGCGUCACCCCACCUGUGCUCCUCGUUGUACACCGAUCUCUCCUGUCUUGCGACCUUGCUUCACCCGCCCUCAACAUGGCUUCAGGCAAGCAACGAGCCAAUAAGCCCGAGUUCCCUAUACUCGAGGCCAAUGCCUUGUAUGCAGGCGAGAUAAGAGGCGAUGGCAACUGCCUAUUCAACGCCUUGUCCGACCAGCUCUACGGCCACCAAGAAAUGCACGAAGUCCUACGGACCGCGACUAUUGAACAUAUGCGGGACAACUCAGACUUCUACCGCCAAUACAUGGCCGUGAACAACGUGCGCAGAAACCCAAAACGCAAGACCACGUCUGCAUUGCCCACUCGCAUUGACACUUCAUACUAUACAGAGGAGCAGCUGCAACACCAGUUCGAAGACCAUGUUGAGAAAAUGGGGCAGCCUGGCGAGUGGGCCGACAACAUGGAAGUAUCGGCCUUUGCAUCAGCACUUAAUGUCCAUGUCCGCCUUUGGCAGGCUGACUAUACCUACUUGUUCUCACCACGCAUAUACUACAUCCCACAUGAUGAUUCCACUGCUGAAGAUGAUAGGCAGACGCUACACAUCGCUUAUCACAGUUGGGAGCACUACUCCUCCGUCCGCAACACCACAGGCCCUCACACAGGGCUUCCAGAAGUUCACAUUCUACCAGAGAUGAUUUCAAAGAAGCGUCCUAGUCCAAGUGUAGAUGGUGAUGAUGACGAUCAGCUUCCGCGGGCCAGGAAGCGUCGAUCACCGCUGCCAUUGUUUGACUCGGAUUCCACACCUGAGGGUACCGAAAGCUCAUCGGACGAGUCAAACGGGCCCGUCUUCUCACAACAAUCUCACCUCGACAUACCGCACGAGGAGCAAAAUGUUAAGCCCCAAAAGCUGACCAUCAAGCUUCGCGGUCUCCGCACCACCGAUCCUCCCAUACCCUCCCGGGUUUCAUCACCAGCACCCGCACCUACACCUCCACUCCUUCCACCAACCACCCAUGUCUCCACAUUUACGCUCGCGCUAAACGACACGUCGGCUACAACCUGA